AUGAACCCAGGAGGACCGGAAAUGUACUACCAGCCGCACAUGUCCACGGGUCCGGCGCCGCCGCCGCAGACCGUCACUUCCCACUACUCCCACCAGCAGCCCACGCUAUUACAGCCUGGCCCCAGCCAGUAUCCUCCCGCCCCAUACGGCGGCCAGUACGGAUACUCCAAUGGCCUCGCGUCGCCCUCCACGGGCCCUCCGGCUGUCUCUAAUUCCAUGGGUCCUGGGCAGCCGGUUCUUCCGCUGCCAGGUGUAGGCAGCCAGCCCGGCAUGGCUCCCAGCUCGUACCAGCAGGGCUUUGACACGACUGGUCAGGUUGUCCCGCCAGGCAUGAAGCCGCGUGUGACUGCAACUCUGUGGGAAGACGAGGGAAGCCUGUGCUUUCAGGUCGAGGCGAGGGGGAUAUGCGUUGCUCGUCGUGAGGACAACCACAUGAUCAACGGCACCAAGCUUCUAAAUGUUGCUGGCAUGACCCGUGGUCGUCGGGAUGGCAUUCUUAAAAGCGAAAAGGUCCGACAUGUCGUGAAGAUCGGACCCAUGCACCUAAAAGGUGUUUGGAUCCCCUUUGACAGAGCGCUGGACUUUGCGAACAAGGAGAAGAUUACCGAGCUGCUAUAUCCUCUCUUUGUCCACAACAUUGGUUCUCUUCUGUAUCACCCCACGAACCAUAACCGCACCAGCCAGGUCAUGGCUGCCGCGGCAGAACGGCGGAAGCAGGACCAAAAUCAGAUGCGAGGUGGCCCGCCACAGCCGGGAUUGCCUUCCAUCCAGCAGCAUCAUCACCAUUCGAUGGCGCUCCCUGGACCGCAGCCUCAGCUUCCGUCUCAUGGAAUGAGCCGUCCUAACCUAGACCGAGCUCAUACCUUCCCCACACCGCCGACUAGUGCCUCAAGUGUGAUGGGCAACAUGGGUGCUUCUGACAAUUUCCAAUGGUCCCAGCAAGGCAUCAAUAAUGGCCAGGGAGCUAAUCCCAUGUCCAUUGAUACCGGGCUAAGCAAUGCGCGCUCUUUGCCCAAUACGCCGGCGACCACGCCACCCGGUUCGAGCAUCCAAAGUAUGCAGAACUACCCGCCCGUCAGCCAGCCCUACGACAGCUCGCGGCAGCCAAUGUACCAGGCCCCUUCGUCGCAGCAGUCCCCCUAUCCGCCCUCUAAUUCCAACCCCCAAGACCGGUCGAUAUACGGACAGGGCAAUUAUGUCAAGAAUGAGAUGGGCCCACCGUCAAACAGGUCUUCGGGUCCCGGCGGCGAGCAGUCGGAGAGCAAGCCAUCAAAUGGCAUGAUGCACGCAAGUCAUCAAGGUGAAUCUUCUCACGCGGGUCCCGAGGAUGAGGCCGAACAUGACCACGACGCCGAGUACACGCACGACAGCGGCUAUGACGCAAAUCGUGGAUCGUAUAACUAUAGCGCUCCCCCCGUGAGUUCAUUACCGAACGACCAUGCCCAUCUGUCGCCCGAGAUUUCUGGCUCUCCCCAUCAAGCCGGCUCUGGGCGGGCUACCCCCAGAACGGCCGCACCCCCCCAGUCGUACUAUGGGCAACAGGGUUACCACACGCCCCCCCGCGUCGGGCAACCCUCGAGCAAUCUUUAUAGCGUCAUGAGCAACGACCGAGGGUCGUCUAACGGCACGUCUGGAAGCGACGUCUACGCCAGCCAGGGUGAUAUGGGAAGUUCGAUGCAGAACGGAUAUGCGUCGCAACCGCCUGUCAUGAACGGCAGCUCGGGCAUGAAGCGUGGCCGGGACGAUGAGGACGACAGACCGUCGAGCGGCGGAGCUUCAAUGGGCCUGGACCCGAAGCGUCGGAAGACCAUGUUGGACGGCUCCAUGCCUUCGCCCACGUAUAACUCGCCAAUGGCACAACCGGCGCCUCCCAUCUCGGCGCAACGACGCAGAUGA